AUGCGUGCUUCUCCCCAAUUAUUUCUCAUUUUUUCGGCUAUUACCGCCGUAGAAGCAGCACGAGGUUCGAAGUACCGCUACGGGCGCCCAACGACUGGCACUGUCGCCCCUGUCAUCUCUUCCGUCUCGCCGGAGGAAAAUAUUGUUUCAACCGUCUCCAUUAUUCCAACCGAAGCAGUCAAAGUACCUGAGCUUGUCAAUGACAUCAAAAAUGUCAAGAUUGAACAGACAGGGACAGCGACCGCAUCGCUAAUCCCACAGUCUCAGGUAGCUACAAAGAGCAAGGCCACUAGAGCAGCACAAAACGAGCCCACUAAGAAGUUCUGCGGCAAACCUAAUGAAUCAGAGGUUCUCUUUGGAACACCUUGGAUUGUCUUCUCCAUGAACUACAACUACCAGUCUAUCAAAGGCUCUUCUUGCGUCGGCUACUAUGACUACACAGGCUCUGGUGACGAUCAGACCAUUCACUGGAGCGUCCUCUGGGAUAUUGAUCCAGACGUAGGCACCAACCUAGUCAAGGGCUACAACUUCAUAGGUCUUACCCAGGGGCUGGAGACAAGACUCAGUGAUAUUAAGAGUAUCCCUUCUAAAUACGAAUGGACUACUAGCAAGACUACUGAGUACAAAGGCAACGUUGUGUACGAUUUCAUGACCUGCGACACAAAAGGGGACUCAACCUCAAGCAGUGCACAGGAGCUCAUGCUCUGGAUCAACUGGGAAGGUGGUCAGGUUCCCAUCGGUUGGGGUGAGGGGCCCAUUGCCACCAUCAACGGGCUCUUUGGAAAAGACGGCUGGAAGCUGUACCAGGGUGUCAAUGCCGACACAGGCAUAACCGUGACCUCGCUCCUAUGCCCCGAGGAAAGUCAAUUCGGCAACGAAGAGGGUGGGAGCUUUGCAGGUGAUAUCAAGGAUUGGCUCGUAGCGCUGUCUGAGAAUGGCGUGUUCAAGGCAAACACAUAUGUAAACGUUGGAAAUGCGGGUAUGGAACCAUACUAUGGCACUGUCGACUUUGACAACCAGUUGAGCCUCAGGGUUAACGUCUAG